CCUAAGCGAAAAAUUUAGUUACACAAACGGACCAAAAAAAGCCAAGCCGACCUGAACAAGACUUCCAUGUGGGAGGCCUCACAAUGGCGGCGGGUUGUCGAUCACCACCUUGUCUUGAGCUUCUGGCGCUGAAAGAACGAAGCUCCAAUAUAACCACUACCAGGUACUAGUCUAGCAACCAGAGAAUCGAAUCGUCGAGGGGAGCAGACCUUGCCUGUUGUUGGUUGCUCUUUAGAGAGAGUAAGUGCGGCGGCGUUGAGAUUGGCUACGUGCUAGUGUUGGAAGAGGGUAGCCGGAACGCCGGAACUAUCCAAUCCCUUGAAGAUUGAUUGUGUUGUUGGGCAGUUGAGAACAUCCGUCAUGCCUUGAAUCCCAGGACGAACCAAAGGAUCAUUUGAGGACUGCAGGAGACUCCCAUUGAUCUAGAAGGUGAACUGGAGCUGCCGUCAAUCGGUUUGACGACUGGGCCUCUUUGGACGAGGUCUACUCUCAGAUUAUUGGCCGGCUGACAGAAGGCGAGUGGAGAAUGGAAGCACCGGGAAGAGUGUUUCGACUCCAGGAGGAAGGGAAUCGAUCCCCUGUCAUCGGCAGCUCUGAUCAAAGUACUACUGCUGGUACCAACGAUGGAAGACAGCCUCUCAAAUCCUUACAAACCCCAACAACCAUGUCCUCCUCCACAGCCCUCGGGUCGAUGGAGGGUGGACGAACGAAGCAAUCUCCAGCCGGAGCUACGCACUGGUACCAUCACUGGGCCAACUCACUACCGCAAUUUCACGACGACGUCAAACCAACGGAUUUGAAUCCAGGGUCCACAGUAGCCUCAUUUGAACUCGAGGAUACUACAGCUAGCUCAGGUGGAACGUCCUGGACUCUUCGGGUACCGUGGUUACGCAACAAACGACACAAAAACAAACAGCUGCGCAUGGACGAUGAGAAUAGCUCCAUUCAAACCAUCCCAUCCAGCUCAAUACGCAACAAGCCUGGUGCAUAUGGCACUACUGAAGACAAUAACAACAGCCCCUACUAUGGUGGAUUGAUGAAGGCUGCCAGUCCAACUUUUGUGAGUGUCGACUCUGGAAACAUUGAAGCACUGGAAAGUGUGGAAGGAGACGGACUCUAUCGGACGACACCACCGUCUAGUACUACCCAGCCAUCCAGAGUCCUCCACGAACAACGGCAACCACAGAGACAACAGCAACCAAAGCAACCAUUCAAGCAAAAACGAAAACAGCCAAAUAAGAGAAACAUGCAACAACGGCAACCCUUUGCCAGCAAUAUGGACCAAAACCUAUUACUUCCUCAGCAAAACACAACAUCUCCUCCCCCAGCAGCACCCGUCACUGCUCCUACAGGCACUACUACAGGCACAUCAGAAAACAGACAAUACGUCCUACUACAACAAAAGCCAGAACCCAAGAACCACAACAAGGUAUUCCGAAACAGAUCCUGGAUCAGCACGUCGUCACGAGAAUCCAACAGUAGAGGUCGACCGGACGAAGACUCCUUGGCUGAUUUUGAUGAAGGUGAAUGGACACCGCAAGAUUCUUCCUACGGCGCCGCUAUUCCUGUCUGUGGGUGGGUCCCCAAGAGACUCAGACAAUUCAUUGAAGCCACUCUUAUUUCCUUUGCAGUGUUUGUCCUUGUAUACAUUGUCGUCACAACAUCCAUUAGCAUCUCCGAAGCCAAGGAUGCUGGCAGAGAGGUUUACAAUGACACGUCGUCCGGUUCCAAGGUGUAUGACAAUGGAUUGGAAUUCGACGAUGACUGGUAUGUUGAAUACUCACAGUAUCCCAAUGAAGACGACGAUUACUUCUAUGACGGAGACAACAACGGCAAUGGUGGAGGUUGACAUGCCCUCGUGUAGAUGGUUCCUACCCCGCGUACCAUCUUCAUUAACACUGGCCUUCGUUUGAAGUUCUCGUCCCUUGCCAAAAAUCGCGACGAGCCAAAGUCGGUAUCAAACAAACAGGUUGCACCGCCGGCCAGUCUGAAUACCUGCGCCUCAAUUUAUCAAAGCCUAGAGGCAGCAACCACAAAGCCGAGCCAACGUGAUUCGAGUCCAGCCAUCAUUCUACCAACUCUGUGUAUACUGUAUUGCGAGAGCACCAGGUGGCUUGACUCGGAGUCUAUUCCAGUUCCGACGAAGAACGCAAGCACUCUCCUCUCAAUCCUUUACUAAGCGCUUCUUGACGGAAUGGCCUGUACACAUAUCUGUUGGUAAAGCGAUGUUGGCUCGAGGACCAAGGGUACACAUAAUGAUUACAAGGAUACGAUCCGAAAGUAUGUAUUCUAUAGCGAUAUCUCUUCCCUUUAAAGCCCGUACCAAAUAUUGCCUACUACUGUGUGUCUGGGAG